AUGAGUGUGGAUACUAAAGAAUUUGAAUAUUUUGAGCAACAGUUCAAUGAACUAACUAGUGAAUUUCAGUUACUCUCGGCAUCAUCAAGUCAACUGCGGGAAGCAUUCCGCACAGAAGCUGCUCGCGCUGAAGCCGCCGAAGCGUCCCGCGACGCGACCCAGCGAGCGAGCGCGGACGAGCAAGCUAACGCCUUGGCCGCGGCUGCUGCUACCACUCAAGCUGCAAAGGCACUAGAAACUCUCCAAGACGAGUUGACCACGGUGAAAAUGGAACUAGAGUUUGCACAUCGUCAACGCAGUGCCUCCGAAGAGAAGUGUAUUGAGAUGAUAAAUAAAAUAACAUUGCUAGAAAGAGAACUGCAAAAUUUGCAACCACUAGAGGCUACAAACUCGAAUUUACAACGACAAUUAAUUGAAAUGCACGAGCGCAUUCACAAGACAACUGAAGAUGCACAGAGCGAACUAUCACGGCUUGAAAGCGAGCUACGAAGAGUGGAGAAAUGUGCCAGCGCAGGGGCAGAGCUGCGCGAGCGCGCGCGUCUGGCUGCGGCGGCGCACGCGCGGGAUAGGCGCCUCGCAAGUGCUGAAAUGCAAUUUACCGCUCGGGAACUUCAAAUUGCCAAGGCUGAAAUAACGCGUCAAGGAAUUCUGAUAGCUGAAUUGGAAUACCGUUUAUCCAAGUCUCAAGAUACUAAGAAGGUUGAUCCUGAACAUGAAACUAUCAUUGAAGUUAAGGCAAAAGCCGAAGCCGAGCGAGCUGGAACGGAGCGACUGGAAAAAGCCCUAGCCGCGGCUUUAGCUGACAAUGCCACUUUAGCUGCUGAGUUAUACAAAACUGCCAAUAACGAAUUAAAGGGACCAUCUCCAGAAGACGGCACUUCCACCAACAUUUGUCCUAUCGACUCAUUCCUUGCUGAAUAAUU